AUGACAACAUUGACCGCCGAGCUAUUGAGGUUCCAAGUUUUCUCCCUUACUACCAACAAGAACAUGUAUCACUGUAUCAGUAUUAUAUCAGUAUUGCAGUAUAAAAUCAUCUCUUGUCCUCCAUUAACGGAUUAUGAAGCACUGUUAAUAGUCAUGGGUUUCUCUCAUUUGCCCUUUUUCUCUUUGCUUCUCUGUUUCAUGGCAACCACUUUGUUAGCAUUCGAGACUGAAGAUCACUUAGCAUUGCUUGGAUUCAAGAAUGGAGUCACAUCUGAUCCUUAUGGAGCUCUUAAUUCUUGGAAUGAUUCUGUUUAUUUCUGCAACUGGACUGGUGUCACUUGUUCUGGCAUGCACAAAGGUAGAGUCACCUCUAUCAAUCUCUCCAUGUUGGGCCUGGGAGGCUUCAUAUCACCCUCUAUUGCCAAUCUUAGCUUCCUGAACAACAUUGAGCUCUCUCUCAACGAAUUCUCCGGCGAGGUCCCACCGGAGUUUGGUCGCCUGCACCAGCUGCGGUACCUGAACCUCAGUUUCAAUGCGCUUAAUGGCAUGAUCCCAGUAAGUUUGGUCAACUGUUCUCAACUCAGAGUUCUCGACUUGUUUGGCAACCAGCUCAAUGGUUCUAUCCCUGUUGUGCAUGGUGGAACUCUCCCCAAGCUCAAGGUCCUGGUUUUAUCCAAUAACAGUCUCACUGGAGUCAUUCCAUCAUCCAUUGGGAACCUUUCUUCUCUAGUUCAACUCCGUUUGGCAGUAAAUCAUAUACAAGGAAUCAUCCCUGAAGAACUUGGCAGACUGUCAAACUUUGAUCAUUUUCAGGUGUCCUGGAACUUGCUCCAUGGGACAAUCCCUUCAGUUUUGUUCAACAUUUCAUCUAUGAGCUUUAUAAGCGUUGCAGGCAAUCAGCUCCAUGGUAGGCUGCCUUCAAGUUUAGGUACCAAGCUUUCUAAACUCACAUCCUUUUACAUUGCCCGAAACAUGUUUACCGGAGCCAUCCCUGCUUCACUGUCCAAUGCUUCUCUUCUAGAGACAAUUUAUAUUUCAAGUAACCAGUUUAGUGGGACAGUGCCUCCAAUUUUUGGAGGGAUGCAUGGUCUUCAUGACCUCAAUUUAGAGAACAAUCAGUUUCAAGCCAGCGAUGCCACUGAUUGGACCUUCAUUGAUUCCUUGGUGAAUUGCAGCAACUUGCAGAGUCUCUCUGUUGCAUUCAAUGAUCUCGGAGGUGUGUUACCUCUGUCAGUAGCCAACUUCUCCAAGGAGAUGAUCCAUUUGUACAUGGAUUACAACCAUUUCUCAGGGAUCCUUCCUCAUGGGAUUGAAAACUUAGUCAGUUUGAAUAUCUUGCAAUUCAGUAAUAAUCAACUGACUGGCCCAAUUCCAGAGCACAUUGGACAGUUUGCCAAGUUACAGGUUUUGAGUUUGGGCGACAACAAGUUCACAGGCUACAUUCCCUCCAGCAUUGGCAAUCUGACUUUGUUGUCGGAUAUCUACUUAUCUGGGAAUAGAUUUGAAGGCACUAUACCUUCUUCUAUGAUAACUCUCAGGCAACUCAAAACACUGGCCCUCUCUAACAACAGAUUUAGUGGGAGAAUGCCCGGAGAAAUCCUUGGACAAUUCUUUUCACUCUCUGUUCUUGAUUUAGCUAACAACUCUUUCAAUGGAACUAUUCCUUUUGAAAUUGGAAGCUUGAUAAAUCUACAACAAUUGCAGUUGAGUGGGAACAGAUUGACAGGUGAAAUCCCUGGGACUAUCAGUGGAUGUGUAGUCUUAGAAGACCUCCAUUUGCAAGGUAAUCUCAUUACUGGAUCCAUUCCUCCAUCUUUAGGCAAACUAAAAGGUCUCAAAAAUUUAAACCUUUCACACAAUAGCUUGUCAGGAGGCAUUCCUUCAUCUUUUAGCAACUUAAAACUCCUCCAAACACUUGGUCUAUCAAACAAUAACUUAUCAGGGUCUGUCCCAGAGUUCCUACAGGAUUUGAAGUACCUUUCUUUUUUGGACUUUUCUUACAAUCACUUCCACGGAGAACUCCCUUUAAAAGGGGUGUUUACAAAUUCAUCUGCACUACUUUUAGUUGGAAAUGUUGAGCUUUGUGGUGGCGUCCCACAACUUCACUUAUCCAUCUGCCUCAAGUCCCAUAAGAAAACAAGUAGAGGAUCUCUAAUCCUAAAGAUUGUGAUCCCAAUAGUUUCCCUUUUAUCGUGCCUUCUCUUGCUCUUGCUAUUUCUUUUCUUGUUUCGGCAACGGCAACGGCAACGGCAACGAGAAUCAAAGAUGAAAACAAAGACUUCAUCAUCCUUGCCUGUUCCAUAUGAAGAGUUUCCAAGAGUUUCAUACUAUGAUUUGGUCAGAGCAACAGAUGGUUUUACUCCCAGCAAUCUCAUCGGAAAAGGAAAGCAUGCUUCUGUUUACAAAGGAACUCUUCAGGGCAUCAACAGUGCCAUGAUGAUGGUAGCCAUUAAAGUCUUCAGUCUCGAUAUAAAAGGAGCUUCAAAGAGCUUUCUGUCUGAAUGUGAAUCACUCAGAAGCAUCCGACACCGGAAUCUCAUCAAGAUCAUCACUUCAUGCGUAAGCACUGAUUCAGAAGGCAAUGACUUCAAAGCUCUGGUUUUAGACUUGAUGCCAAAUGGAAGCUUGGAUUCAUGGUUACAUCCAGUGGAGAAUCAACAACACCAAAGUCCUCUGAGUUUGAUUCAAAGAUUGAAUGUGGCCAUUGAUGUUGCUGAUGCGUUGGAGUAUCUUCAUCACUCUUGCCAACCUCCUAUUGUUCAUUGUGAUCUGAAGCCAAGCAAUGUUCUCUUGGAUGAUGACAUGAAUGCUCAUGUCGGAGACUUUGGACUUGCAAAGAUACUAAUGAACAACAAUCACAACAACAACUCAUUGCAAAGCUCGACAACCUCAACUGGGAUCAUCAGAGGAACCAUUGGUUAUGUUCCCCCAGAGUAUGGCUUUGGGAGUGAGGUGUCAACCAUGGGAGAUGUGUACAGCUAUGGGAUCCUUGUUCUGGAGUUGCUGACAGGAAAGAGACCAGUUGAUGAGAGUUUCAAGGAUGGUAUGACAAUGAUAAAAUUUGCUGAGACUUACGCAUCUCCGGAGAGAAUCAUGGAGAUCAUGGAUCCAUCAAUGUUCUCAGAAGAAGAUGAUGACAGUGAAUACCGAAAAAAAAAGGAGUGUGUGCUCUCUGUUGUGGCUUUAGGCCUUGUAUGCUGUGCUGAAUCUUCAAUUGAGAGGCCUAGCAUGUGUCAUGUUGCAGCUCAAACGCUUAAAAUUAGGGAUGAAUUCCUUGAACUUGUUUAUUGAAUCUUAUCUGAUAGAUCAAGGACUUACCCUCCUAUUUGUAUUAGACACUAUAAUAGCG